CAAAGGCAACAGAAACCGCCCGGAAAAAAAGGAAAGAGGCAAAGAGAAAUUUAAUUACAAGGCAUAUUUGGAAUCGCUCCAUCUUUUUCGAUCUUCGCCUUCGCAGACGCCGGGAAGCGCCGAAUCCGAUCUCCACUUCGGAGGAACCAUGGAUGGACAUGAUUCACAGGAUUCGAAGCAGAGUAGUGCAGACAUGACUGUUUUUGUGCAAAAUCUUCUUCAGCAGAUGCAAUCUAGGUUCCAAACGAUGUCCGACACCAUCGUCACGAAGAUUGAUGAGAUGGGAAACCGUGUAAACGAGCUGGAACAGAGCAUCAACGAGCUAAAAGCCGAGAUGGGAGUGGAUGGCUCACCCUCCCCUCUGCCCCCUUCCAAGCUGAACUCUGACGAAGAGAAAAAAGAGGAUGGCUCAGCCUAGGACGAUCUCCAACACUUAUGGAGCACUUGUGUUACUCAACUCUCUCUUUUUAUCAUCCGUGUUGUCCAAGAAAACUUAGAGAGUUUGGAACUGUCUUGUCGUUGUUCUUGCCCGAACCUACGUAUCAGGUGUCCGUAUUAUAUCUUUUCUUGUUGUUCUAACAGAGUCUGUGACCAAGAAAUCCUGCUGUAUCGUGUGCCAUUAUGGCAUUUCUAUCGUCAAAGCUUUGCUCAA